AUGCAGAGCCGCGCGGGGUGCCCAUUUCACAGAUCCCUCGAUGACGGCGCUCGAGAUUUGGGCAAGGACAUGUCCGGCACCGCCUCCUUCGUUGCCAUCGGGAGCGUCGGCAAGGCCUUUGCCCCCGAGGCCGACGUGCCCAGAGCGUUGGCAGCGGUGCGGGAACGAGACAACUGGUUGCGCCCUGGCCGCGGCACCCGCAAGGUCGACUCAGAGCCGGGCACCUGGCGGGAGAUCGCGGAGGCGCUUGGCCUCGAGGCUCCGGAGGCGCUCCUGCCCCGCCCGGUUCGGCUGCGCAUAUACUGCUGCCCAUGGGACGCAAAAGACGUCAGCCCUUGCGAGGACGGCGGAGUUUUCUCCCUCGCCGUCUGUGGCACACAAGUGCGGCAGUCGCUGAGGAAAACGGCGGUGGAAUUCCCGCGCCUGACGUCUGCUGUCUUGGCAAUGCGGCGCGGCGGCGUGAAGGCGCUCUUCCUCGUCGGGACUCUGCUGGAGGCUCGGUCGUAUCACCUGCACGGCAUUGCCAAUCACGGCCUCUUGCCGUGGCGCGGGAGGCCGGGCCGCGGCGGCCCCCGGAGAAGUCGCCCGGUCUUGGGCGACGAUUCUGACUAG